AUGUCUCUAGCCUAUUUCAUGGAUAUACCUCCAAAUAGACUCGCUACCAGAGUGCCAUCUCCACUCCCCUCCACUGCUCAUCAAAUUCUAACAUCUUUGCAGCUCACUGGUGUCAAAUACUACAGUUUCGGUGAAGACGGUCAUUGCUACUACCUCCACCCCGACGGCUCACAGCUCUACGCCCACGGAUCCUGGAAACUGUUUAUCAACACCAGUGGACACAGAUAUUGGAAACCUCUACAGUCAGAAUUCGUCUGCAACCCCGACAAAAUGAACGCGCGAUUUGUUUAUAACUUCAGCCAAAAAUUGAUUUAUCGCGAGAUGCGCGAUUCUUUACGCGACAUCGCGGCUCCUAGUCUCGGUACCUUGAUUAUGCGAUAUGAUCAAGAGGUAGUGCAGGAGUAUCUAGAUAAAUUAGGAAGUCGGAUCAAUAGCGAUAUUCGACUUCAGCAUUGGGAACGAGUGAAGAAGGUUGCGUGGGAUGAAUUGGUUUAUCUCGAGUGGAAAACGGGGUUGUGGUAUGGUGAGUGGUUGGAGAAGGAACGAAAGAGAUUGCAGGAUAAGGGACAGUAUUCGGAAUAUAAUGUCUGGGUGAAUGAUGAAUGGAAGCGUGUGAUGAAGGAUAACGAUGUGGAGGAUAUUAAGAAAGAGAAUAUUGAGGAGAGGGCAAUCAAGCAGGAAAAUGUCAAGAUAGAGGAUUUUAAGGAAGAGAUCAUCAAGGAGGAACCUACUGGGGAGGUAUUCAUCAAAGAUGAGUUCCCUAAGAAGGUAUGCAUCAAAACAGAACGUUGA